GCCACCACUGAACGAACGGCGGGUCACGUGAUUAUGGCGAGCUUGUUGUCACCCAUCACGCGCCGCUUGGCACGGGCGUGGAGCAUGUACUCGCAUGCGCUGGAGAAGAGACCGUUCAUCACAAAAGGCUGCACAGCCUUCACCAUCUACACAACCGCAGACGUCAUCAGGCAACGCUAUGAGUUCUCCGUGCUGGACGCCAAGGAGCAGGAAUUGCGGCAGGGCAAGUGGCUGGACGAAGCACGCGCAGUCCGGCUCUCAUCAUGGUACGCCGUGGUGCACGCUCCAUACAUUCACAUGUGGUAUGGCUUCUUGGACAAGCUCUACGGCAUCGGGCCAGGGUUUCGUCUCGCGUUUAAGAAGGUCGUCACAGAUCAGACGCUGAACAUGCCGCUGUUCUUGGGCGUCACGCUCUACGUCAGCGCACGGAUGUCUGGCAUGAACCACACCGAUGCAUGGGAGAAGACAAAACGAGACCACCUCGAAACGAUCAUUGGCGCGGCCCUGUGUUGGGUGCCGGCACUCUGCGUGAACUUCAUGUAUGUUCCGCCAAAAUACCGCCUCCUCUUCGUCAACGUCGUCCAGGUUGGGUUUGGCGUGUUUUUGAGCAAGAUGGCAAAUCGGUCUGCUGACGACACGCCACCAUCACCGCCGCCGCCACCACACCACCCGGCCUCGUCUGCACACCAAACGUCCCCACUGCCCGCACACUCCCCUGCCCUCUCCAAUGCCGUGGCUGCAUCCACACCACCAACGUCCGCGUGACACGCCAACGAGCUGGGGUGUUGGCUAAGCUAAAGCAGUUUUCUUGACUGACGACAACAACGACGAUGAUGAUUGUGCGCUGUGUGUGUGUGUGUGUGUGUGUG